AUGCUGCUACGAAAGAAUUCUUGGAGAAAGCUGUCUGUGAGAUUGUUGGAGCGUAAGCAGGCAGCUUCAAAGGACCCAUACAAAUUGACAGUGGCACAACAGAUGAGGAAGAAGCACCUGGGGACUAAUUUCAUCAUAUGUUCUGCUCUUGAUAAGCAUAUGGCAGUGUUGAUGCUCUCGGUAUUAUCGUCUCAUGAUGGUGCUGCAGAAAGCAGUCGGAGGAUGACCGUCCUGAGAAACACUUUCGAGAGAGCUCUUUGGACACACCACCUUCCCAUCCGUCACAGCUGCUUGGACACGACACCAGCAACUGAUUGUACUGAUUCAACAAAUACUCCACUGUGCAUUGGGUCUAUCAACAGCAGCUCUGACGUGGAAGGUCACAACGAUGACAAGAAUGCUGACGACGGCGAAGGUGUUGGACUUUCACAUCUCAGCAACGGUCGACAGGGAGACACGAAAAAGAGGGAGGAGACGCGUUCAAAUCUGUUCCACGAGAACGAGACACAAGAAUGGCUUGAAUGUCAAUCUUCAGCUGCAGACAUGAGGGUGGACAGUGUAGCCACAGUGGUGAUUGUCGAAAGCAAGGACUUCGAUAAGAAACUUAAGCUUGGAGAAAUGGAUAUGUAG